UACAAGUAGCUUGUCACCGCUAGUUUCACAUUGUUCCUCCUUGCUGCUUCUUGCUCCAGCUUUGGCAAUGGCUAAGCCGAUAUCGAUUGAGGUGUGGAACCCAAGCGGCAAGUACCGCGUGGUGAGCACAAAGUCCAUGCCCGGCACCCGCUGGAUCCGCCUCCUCACCGACAACGACUGUCGCCUCGAGAUAUGCACGGAGACAAAGACCAUACUCUCAGUCGACGACAUCCUGGCACUCAUCGGCGAUCACUGCCAUGGUGUCAUCGGCCAGCUGACGGAGGACUGGGGCGAAGUGCUCUUCUCCGCGCUCAAGCGUGCGGGUGGGACAGCCUUCAGCAACAUGGCCGUCGGGUACAACAACGUCGACGUCGACGCUGCCAACAGGAACGGCAUCGCCAUUGGCAACACACCUGGUGUUCUGACCGAGACGACGGCGGAGCUGGCAGCAUCCCUGUCGGUGGCGGCUGCCAGGAGGAUCGUGGAAGCCGACCAGUUCAUGAGAGCUGGCCUCUAUGACGGAUGGCUCCCACACCUGUUCGUUGGAAACUUGCUCAAGGGGCAGACCGUUGGAGUGAUUGGAGCUGGCCGCAUCGGCUCAGCUUAUGCAAGGAUGAUGAUUGAGGGCUUCAAGAUGAACUUAAUCUACUUCGACCUGUAUCAGUCCACACGGCUCGAGAAGUUCGUCACAGCUUAUGGGCAGUUCCUGAAAGCGAACGGUGAGCCGCCUGUAACAUGGAAGAGGGCGUCCAGCAUGGAGGAAGUCCUUAGGGAGGCUGAUGUGAUAAGCCUGCACCCUGUGCUAGACAAGACGACGUACCACCUGAUAAAUCCCGAGCGUCUGGCGAUGAUGAAGAAGGAGGCAGUGCUGGUGAACGCGAGCCGAGGCCCCGUGAUCGACGAGGUGGCGCUGGUGGAGCACCUGAAGGCGAACCCGAUGUUCCGCGUGGGGCUUGAUGUGUUCGAGGACGAGCCGUACAUGAAACCUGGGCUGGCCGAGAUGAAGAAUGCAGUCGUCGUGCCUCACAUCGCAUCAGCAUCCAAGUGGACGCGUGAAGGGAUGGCAACCCUUGCUGCUCUCAACGUUCUUGGUAAAAUCAAGGGGUAUCCAGUGUGGGGAAACCCUAACGCAGUGGAGCCCUUCCUGGACGAGAAUGCUAUGCCCCCGCCUGCUUGCCCAAGCAUUGUCAACUCGAAGCAACUCGGACUGCCAUCUUCCAAGCUUUAGACAGAGACAGGAACAGAGACGAUGCUGGAUCGAGCACUGCUUGCUAUGUAUAGCUGCUAGCAUAUAAACGCAUGGAGUAGUAGCAAGAGCUUUUGUAUGGAUCAUAAUUAAUUAUAUACAUUUUCCCUGCGAGGAUAAGUUUGGUCAUGUACAAGACAGAAGUUUUCUCGCCAUUUGGCUGAGAUGGAAAACGAAUACAUAAUAGUAGCUACAAUUAUCUU